AUGGCAAAGAGAAGAAGUAAAAUUGUUUAUGCUCUCAAGUCACGACGCAGAAGCAGUGGAACUGAUAGAAGUCAGUCAGCUUCAUCUUAUGAACAAGACACGAAAGAAACUUCGAGAAGGAAUAAGCGGUCCGGUGCAAAAAAUGAAGCUGCCGAGGCUUCUUCUUCAAAUUUGAGCUCGAAUGUCGAAAACAGUCAACAACAUUCAAAGGUACAGUGUCAGAUCAAACAUGUAAACUGAGGCUUUCUUUUCGCGAUAUUUGGGUACAUCAAAAGUGCUUCACUUAUCCACUCUCAAAUUUGACAAUCAACUGUUGUACAUGUAUCACAGUCUUGUAUGUGGUAGUCACAGGGACAUAACCCACUUGUUUGUUUUCAAAAUGGGACACAGUAAUUAAAAAAAGUUUGAGUUACCAGUACUACCUUUUUCAGAGGAUCUAUCAUUGUGAUCACAGCAACAAAUCAUUACAAAAUGUCAGCGGGAGCAGCAGUGGUAGCUGGCUGUAAAGACUCAGAAAUAUACUGCAAACUUUAGAAAUGCUGGAACUGGGUCUCUGGGGUGAGACCCAGAGCAUGUCUUAAACUGAAAUAAAUUUAUUAUUAGGUAACAAACUGAUCCUUAAAGAGGAAAAGGAGGGAAAAAAGAAUACUAUUUUUUUCAGCCUUCACUUUAGUACUGUCUCAAAAUAUCUGUCCUUUUUUCUUAACAAUAAGGUUCAUUUUAUUUUUAGUGCAUUAAAUAUUUUUUUGUUACAUGGUUAGCAGUGGAACAAAAGAAGUGGUUCUGCCACUGAUAAAGGGUCAUCUCCACAUAAGCCCUCAACAUCAAAACAAGCUGAAGGUACAGAAUCUUUUGUCUUUAAACACUUAAAACUCUAACUCUGCAGUUACAAAAUAUGGUUGAUAAUUUUUAGACAGAGUCAUCCAUUUCAGUUUUAUCUACCUUGGGGGGGGGGGGUAGACUCUAGAUCAUCUACUCUCGAAAAGUGUCCUCUUGAAAAAAACAAGGUGUCGGCUCUAGCAGGCUGAGUUUUAUCAGGCACUGUUGACGGUGACCCCCCUUUCCCUCACCCAGGGUUCUCAUUAAGUGCUGGAAACGGGCUAAAAUAAUGGCUACCUUGAGGGUUGAGCCCUGUACUUUUUGGAGAAAAGGGGUAAAAUAGGGAAUGAAAGCCUGAAAUUGCCUGCAAUACUCAAUUGCUAAGCCACCUUCUUUUACAUCCUAGCUGUCUCCUCUAAAACUUAAUGAGAACCCUGCUCACCAACAACCCCCUCACCCAUCAUAAAGCUUGAUUUUACAGUCAACUCUUGCCUUGCAGACACCCCCCUAUUACAGAAGCUCCAAUAAUACCUGUAGACAGCAGUUAAAUCCUCAACAAAAAUAAAUUACCGUGUAAUUCAAUAAAUUAAUAUUAGUCCCACACAGCAAGUUGUGACUGUCACCUAAUGAACGACAAAAAUGUCAUGACCAGUUUACAAAGUGGUUAUCAUGAGGGAAAAGAUAUAAUAUUAGACAGGCCAUAUUGGCUUUGUGUGUUUGUGUCACAUGACCAAUGCUUCCUUUAAACAAUGAGUUGGACUCUUGCUGAUGCUAAAAAUUGACAGAGCUCAUAAAAAUUAUCUUACUUACACCCAAAAUUUGAAAGGAAACACAUUUAAGGAAGAUAUGUUAUGGCACUUUGAUUUUUCAACAAAGUAGUAUGAUUUGUAUUGGCAGCCAUGUUGGAGGGCAUACUCUUUCAAAUGGCCUAUUGAGGGACAUUUUUGUGAGGCCUCCUACUGCAUGUUGAAGUUUAACUGAAUAAGCCUUGGAAAGAACCCACUCUUGAGCAUAAUGUUUGUCCUCAUUUUAAAGGUGGAACUGAAGAUACCCGCAGUGAUCAAAAGGUAGUAGAGAAGAAGAGAACUUAUCCAAAAAGAAACAAAACGGUAAAAGCUGAUGAAGCCCCAGAACGUAUUAGAGAUAUGACUGUUACAAAGAAAGCUUAUGCCAAGUGGAAGCCACUAAGCUCAUCAACAAAGAAAUACACGAAGCAAGUCCUAGAAAGCACAAUUUUGUAAGUGAACUAAUAAACAUAAUAUAGGUCAUUGAGUACCUAAUUAAUUGUUAAUAAAAUGUCCCAGUUUGCCAAAAACUGGGUAUCAUUGUAAAUUUUGUUUAGUUACUGAGUCACACAAGUCACACAAAGCUGUCAGGAGCUCGUAGAUGCAAGAACAUACUGUACCGUUCUCAAAUAGAGUGAAUGCCCAGGCAUUUUAUAGUUUACUGUUAAGUAUUAUUAUAUUGGUCAACAUCAACUUAAAUGCCUUAAUAAUAAGACAGUUCCUUAAUGUGAAGGGUUACAUUCCAUGUCAUUUGGGAAGGAUCUCUCUCCCCCUGGCCCUGGGAAUGAAGUAGGGCUUACGUUAUCAUUGACAGAAUGUCAUGUUACCAAGUCUUAAACAACUUGUUGUUAUUAACAGGAGUGUUAUAAAUAGUGUUGGAAAAGAAUCCAAGAAAAGUGACUUACAAGUUCAUUUGAAGCAGUUAUCUGACAGGUGAUCUCUAUUAACUUUAAAGCUAACCUUGUAAUUAUUAAUAAUUUAUUUUUAUUUGUGGAGAAGUCACCAGUCAGAGGUCUUUUAACGCCUUGCCUAUCAAGGACGUACAUCUAUAUCCUGUGUCAGGUCACUAUAUAUGUCCUAAGACAAAUGAAAUCACCAAAAGUCUGAUCGUUCGAGUUGCCUUGAAGAAUUGAACUCUGGUUGUCAAGAAAGGUCACCGGUUGCUCCUUUCCUCCUUGACUCUUGAUUACAAUGACACAUCUCAGUCAUCUCUAUAAUUAUGAUUACUUUUUGUAUACAAUUGCAGGAGAGAAAGCAGUGAAAAAGUUCCCCCUUCUUCCUCUUUCUAGCCUCCAUUGGUCACCUUCAUUCAUGUACUUAAUACCUCACUGAUUCUUAAAACUAGAUCGGUGCAAACCUGAAACGAGUCGGAGACAAUUCGUAAUGAUUCAGUUGAUUACUGGUACUUUUUUCACCAGAAUUAUCAAGAGACUAGAUCAUGUCAAAGGGCCAACACAGAAAGGAGACUACUGUAAAAUGGAAGCUGAAUCUGUACGUCUUUUCUUUUAAUUUUGUAUUUGUUUUUUUGUUUGUAACUGUGAUUGAUGUUGUUGCUAUUUUUGCAUUAUUGUGUCUGUGAAGUCCCAUCCUUUCUUCAUUUUUGACCAUUCAUUUUUUUAAAUCUUGUCUCUUACGUUUCUCUCACCUCUUUCAGUUUUGAGCUGAAACCUAAGGGAACAUUAUAAUAAUAGUUAUAUAAUUCCACUGUAUCAAACCAUGGCUCCUUUCGCAGGCAUCUUUUGUUCCCUAUUCCCUCAAGUUUCAUAUCAGAUGGAUUGGGUGUCCUGUGCCAAUAUUAUUUUUCACAGGGUUUCCUUGGUACUACAGUCAAAGCUCUAUGGGUAGCCACCUCUUCUAAGCUAAAGCAGCCACCUCCCAUAAGUGACUGAUGCCAAACACCAGCAUUUUCCCAGUCAAAACCCCAUAGUUGGCCUCUCUCACAAGCAACCACUUUGCAACAACAUUUACGGGUACAAGCUUGGUCCGAUCUCUAUGUUUGAUGUAGGAACUAAGCUACUCAGACUGUACAAAGAACAUUUAGUGACAAUAGGGAACUAUCACACCAAUAAUAAUUAACAAUUAUUAGGCAAGGUUGAGCAAAAUAUCAUGAUUUGUCUGUGGCGAGCAGAUCAAUUAUUUGCCGAAGCCGAUGAUCUCCGAGACACUGACAAAUCACGAUAUUUUGUGAUAACCGAGUUCAAUAAUUGUUUUAUCAUUCGAUCAUCGAGUUUGUUUUUUUAAUGAAUAUCCUUGGGAAGCGCAGCGAUCUGCCAUUUUCACGCAAGAGCAAUCGCAAGAAGGAGAAAAGCAUGGUUUCCUUUACUUAUGAGCAGAAUAUUAUUUGCAGCCAAACACUGUUGGACAGCAUUGCACAUGAGCAGACCAUUAUUUGUAGGCAGUUAUUUGCAGGUCACAUGGUGGGCUCUCGAAUGAUAAUAAUUUACCUUCGAAUGAUAAUAACUUACAAUUAUUAUUGUAAUUGAAACUGAGAAAUUGCAUGCAGUGAAUUCUCUUCCAAAACGUAGAUGUACAUCUCUUGCUCUACUCAAAAGAGAUCCCUUGUGGUUUGAUUCUCAUCUGUGUUCAGCUCACAUUUGACAAGCAGCCACUAAUUCUUCAUAAGUCUGUGCAGCUGGCUGCUUUUUUAGUGUUGUUUUGUGGUUCACAAAGUAAGAGUUAGAGCGGCGCAAAUGCUGUAAUGAGGUCGAAACAGAAUUCACGCAGUAUCCCUUACUAUAUGAAUCCAGAAAAAAAUCAUACCAGAAAAACAGUAAACCGCCAGCUACCCAGGCUAAAUCUCCAUUGUUUAGGUUGUCACUCACAGAUUCAACUGUACUUGUUCCUGUGAAUUCUUUUUUCAUCCACUGAAACUGCCUGCAGAGAUUUUUUUUUUUUUUUUUUUUUUUUUUUUUUUUUUUUUUUUUAUUGACAACAAAUCAACAACAUUAAUACACAGCAGAAAGUAAAAGAGCAAAUAAGUAAAUAAAUAUGUCAGCAAGUAACAAAACAAAUUACAAUAAAAAUGAAAAGUAUUGGAAAAAAAAAAACCUGUCAGUUGCCACACAUAUUUAAUAUCGUUUACCUGCAGAGAACGCUAAUUGAACAUGGACUUCAAAAAAUUGUCUUGCUUGACCUUUUGACAUUUAGCAGGGUUCACUUCUCCUUUUUCAUAGCAUGAACUGGAAGAUGCUGUCAUAUCUUUUAACCGACAAACUGAAGCUUUGGAAAAAGAAUUGGAAGAGCAAACAAGGUAUAAAUUAGGGAUAUUUAAUUUCUUUAGCAUUAAAUCAGGGGCACCCAACGACUGAUUUCAGUAAAAUAUCUGUUCGUAGUUCAAGCAAAUAUUGCCAAGAAUUUAUUAUUGCUUUCAAGGACAGCUAAAAAUUUCUACAUGACUGAUCCCGGAUUCACGGACAAUAUUUUCUAUGCAUAUCUUGUAAAUUCCCUAUGAUUUUCUGACGUAUAAUGCUUUACAUUUCACUCCCCAGGUUAAGCUAUAUUUCGUAGAAAAAGGAACCUAGCAUUUUCGGAUUCGAAAAAGUAAUGGAGAGAGGAAUCAAAAGAAUUCUCGCCUUUAUAAAGCUUUUAAUUACAUCUAAAAUUUUCCAGAAAAUUAUACUGAAGCCCUUUGUAAUUUCAAAAAGACCUCAAGUUUGCCAAGGAUAACCAAACAGAUAAAAAUUUAAUGGUGCCAUUUAGAAUGCAUUUCUUGAGAUCUAAAAAGUACUCUUGAUAGCUUAAAAAGUGUUUUUAGUGUAUUUGGGAGGAGACCAUUGUUGGUUGCCCCUGUUGUCUCAGCCCCUUUCCCCUUCCCUCAUAUGGCAAGCAUACAAUCUUAAAUUUCUGAGGUUUUGUUAGCUUAAAGCAAGGAUUAUAAUAUUUACUUACCUAUAUAUUCCAUUUAAGGCUUUUUGAGCAAGAUGAACAAAUGUUAGAAAGCUUCAGUAAUCAAGAACAGGAUUUACAACAGGUGAGAUUUCUUCUUUUCUUUUCAAGUUUCAGUGUGGUUAGUCCUUUAAUCUGUUUUAAAUAUUAUUGCCUAGCAUUUUAAAAAUUAGAAUACUUUCUAAUGUCUUUCUAGUCUUUCUAGUGUAAUAAAAAUGUAUAAGUUAAGUGAAAAUGAGCUAUAAAAAAAGAAUAAACCAAACAGUUUUUCUAUUCCCUUUAAAGAAACAUGCCAUUCCCACAAACACUGUAAAUACAAUUUUUCUUUCUUCUUUAUUUUCCUUCCCUUUGUAAAUUAAAACGGCACCAUUUUUAAUAGAAUUUGAAACAGAGGAAUCAACCAAACUACAGGAAUUCAGGGGUGAAUCUAGGAAAAACAGCAACUUUUUUCUGAAACAACCAAAUCCAAGUGGCUGGGGUGGGUUGGGGGGCUUAUGAUUGGAUGGUGUUGUUGUUGUUUACAGGUGUGUGGAUUGUAACUGGGAGGGGGGGGGUUAUAAGCAGCAGUUUACUGUAUUUAUUCUGAGAAACGUGACCAGUUUCCUUAACACAGAGAAAUUGGCAAAGACAGGGUUUGCACAGCCUUGAAAAGCCCUUGAAUUUUAGGGGAAGUCUUUGCUUGAAAAGUCCUUGGAUCUUCUUCAACUUUGAAUGUAGUUGCCUGGAAAGUUUUUUUUAAUGCUUUUUGGUUGUCCAAGACAGAAUAUAAAUCAUAGCUUAGAGACGUUUUUUAGAGAAGCGCUUUUUUGUUUCAUGCAAUAAUUAACAAUCAAUUUAAGACAAGUGUACUGAAAAAUGUAGAGAAGUUAGUGAAGCAAACAGUUUAAGCCUUAAAGUCAUGUUAGAAUGUACUGGGAAAGUGAAUUUUUGUACAAUCUGUGAAAUAAGUUUCCUGUUAGGUGGUCCUUGAAAAUCAAAUGUGGUCCUUGAAAAGUCCUUAAAAACUGGUUGAAAAUUUUUGUAUGAACCCUGUAUAGAUCCACGCCUAUGAAUUUAAUAGUCGUAAAACUCAGGAAUGCCCCUCGGCGUCAUUAAACCACAACUGUUGGGGUUAACUGAGUCAACAGCAAGAUUCAUUGUGUUUCUGUUGGCUUUUAAAUCACACAGCUUCAUCCCCUUCUGCAAAAACAACCUGCCAAUGCAUUAAAUCUUCCCAGUUUGUCAAGUGCAGCUGUACCGCAUGAAAUGUCUUCAAUCUUUGAGGUAGGUGUUGUUAGGGCGUGGAAAGAGUCCCAACGUUUUAGCUAAAACUGUGGGCCCCAAAACAUUACAAAUGUCACACCUUGUGAAAUAUCUCUUCGCUUGUUUCUUAGACGUACAACCACGAGGUUUGCAGUUCCUAUACGCAAAUCCGUAGGUGUUUUGUGUUCAAUGUAAAAUUCAGUUCGUUUUUAGGUAUAUAUACAGGUACCCUUAGUUGUAUUGUAAAACCCCCUGAUGAAGUGUGCGCUAGUCACACGAAACGCGUAGGAGACAAUAAAACAAUUUUACAACUCAAGAAUUUCGCAGAAGCGCUGUUCACUGGUUUGUCCUUUAAAAACAUCUCUAAAAGGGGUAAAGAAAGGAUUUUCAAUUCAAUUCAAUUUUAUUAUUCACACUUUAUAAAAUAUUUACAUUAUAUAAAGGAGAAGAGGAAGAAGAAAAAAGAAAAUUAAUGGCUUGGGUAGAAGUGUAAGGUGGUCAGAGGAGCUUAGCUUUCGAGCUAACCACCGCAAGGAGGGCACCAACUCUGGGCCUCCGGUUUACUUCAACGAGGCAUCCGUCUUCUAGAGGUGUCCGUUAAGACAGAGUUGACUGUAUUUUAAUGUGUAACAUGUCUUAUUUGGUGAAUCAUACCAGUGGUUUCUUGUUUGUUUGUUUUGUUUUUUUCCUAUUAUUUUAUACAGAUACCGACAUCACUAGAGAGCAGUGGGGAACGAUUAGCACAAUCACUCGCCAGAUUAAGUGAUCGAGCACAACAAGUCGGUUUCACUACCUGGCUAGAGUCCUUAAGUGACAGAACUAACUCAUAGCAAACAGCAUUUCAUUCAUAUUAAGCACAUCAAAAUUUAUUUAGUAAAACAUAAAUAAUUUACUAUUAUUAUUAAACUUGAGUUUGUUAUCGGGAACAAAUGUCUUUGUGGUAAGGACAAACCAGUUGAACGUCAAUGUGCGACCACCUCUCAUAAGCGACCGCCUAUCCAAAACACCAAAGCUUUCCCAGUCAGAGCCUUACAGUCGAAACUUCUAGUAAAUGACCACCUCCUAUAAGCGACUGCGGCCACGACCACUUUUUGGGCCUGAAAGCUUCUUGAUUUUCCAUUCUUUUUAAGCCCUUGUAAGCGACCGCUUGAAGCGUUCUCUGAUCUCUAUGUUAGCUGUGUGCACUAAGCUACUUAGAAUAUACGACAUGUACAAAGAACUUUAGUGACAUGGCGUAACUUAGAAAUUGCAUGCAAUAAAUUAUCUUCCGUAAAGUAGAUGUGCCGAGACCUCUUCUCGGAAGAGGCCCCUUGUGGUUCGAUUAUUGUAAGCGACCACUAAGUCUUUCAUUUUGUGUGGUCGCUUAUCGGAGGUUCGACUGUACUCCUUUUUACUGAAAUUACUGACAUGGAAACUAAUUCUUCAUUGAUUUAACCAUAAGAUUCUGUACAAGUACAUCAUAUUUUUUACAAAACAGAGAGGCUACUUAGUGUUCUUUAUUUAGGAAAAGGCGGUGAGCAGACUGGUUUGGGGGUAGGUGAUAUAGUUUUAAAAACAGUACUAUGGUAUUCCUGCUUUUUCGAUGCGACAUGAGGAUACACAAUUUCAAAAUAGAGAGGUUGCUGCCAGGCCAUUAUUUUUGAAAGUUAAGAAAUAAACCUUUCAACUUCAUUAUUUUGUUCUCCCAUUGUAGAUCACAUAUCAGUACACAGAAAGCAUUCCAUUUUGACAUUUAUCAACUUAAAAAUUUUAAAACAUUAUUCAUGCUUCUGGG